AUGGACGAUUACGGGAUAUUUUAUCCAAAUAGUAAAUCUUUACAACAAUUGCAAGUGCCAACCAAUAGGAUGGCGCGUACAAAACCUUUCAAGAUAGUUAGUUUUCAAAUAAUGGAUGCCUGUGGCAUAUGCCAAAAGAUAUUGACAAAGAAAGCUAAGCAAAAUGAAGAAGUUGAGCACGCCAAAACAAAGUCUUUAUUGGCGAAAGAAUCAGAAAAGCUUGACUUUGCUCUAGGUGAAAUCAAUAUUCUCAACAAGCAAUUGCAACGUGAGAAGGAUGCGUUCGAAGAAGCUUUCGGAGACGUGCAAGAAAAAGCUGCACAAGAAUUCGCUACUGCAGAUCAGCUUAAGAGUAAAUGUUCAGAAAUGGCAAUAGUUUGUAACCGGCAGGAAGACUCCAUUGGAGCUAAAGAGAUAAAGAUACGCGAGCUAAAAGCUCGCUUAGCAAAACAAAGAGAAGCUCACAGACUACAGCUAUCAGAAAUGGCUAUUAAAAUGCAACAAGAAGUAUACAUGAGUAAGCGAUCGUUGCAAGGAGGAACAACUUUUCACGGAAGCGAAAAUCACUGA